AUGGAUGCUCACGAUCUGUUUCGCCGGCUCGGCGCGGGGGCCAGAUUCGACCUGAGACGCUUCUCAGCGGACGCAGCUCGAUUCCAGAUAGGAAAAAGGAAAUAUGACUUUGAUUCCUCGGAGGUGCUACAGGGAUUGGACUUUUUUGGAAACAAAAAGUCUGUCCCAGGUGAUUGUGGGGCAUUAAGAACUCAUCAGGAGCUACGAGAUGAAGAGAAAAAAGAAGAAAGCCAAAUUGAAAGGAAGAAGGAGCAGAACAGGAAAAAGAAGAAGAAGAUGACUUCAGAAAUUACUUCUGAAGAAGAAGUUUCUACUAUACAGUGGAUAUCAUCUGUGGAAGCAAAGAUUGAAGAUAAAAAUGUUAAAAGAGAAAAUAAACUAACGUCAGGAAAGUUAGAGCAGCUAAGAAAAGAAAAGCUAAACUUCUUCCGGAAUAAACAUAAAAUUCAUGUCCAGGGAACUGAUCUUCCUGACCCAAUUGCUACAUUUCAGCAACUUGACCAGGAAUAUAAAAUCAAUUCUCGACUGCUUCAGAACAUUCUAGAUGCAGGCUUCCAGAUACCUACAGCAAUCCAAAUGCAAGCCAUUCCAGUUAUGCUGCAUGGUCGAGAACUGCUGGCUUCUGCUCCUACUGGAUCUGGAAAGACUUUGGCUUUUAGCAUUCCUAUUUUAAUGCACCUGAAACAACCCACAAAUAAAGGCUUCAGAGCCCUGAUUAUAUCACCAACACGAGAACUUGCCAGCCAGAUUCACCGAGAGUUAAUAAAACUAUCCGAGGGAACAGGAUUCCGGAUACACAUGAUCCACAAAGCAGCAGUUGCAGCCAAGAAAUUUGGACCUAAAUCAUCUAAGAAAUUUGAUAUCCUUGUGACUACUCCAAAUCGACUAAUCUAUUUAUUGAAACAAGAUCCUCCAGGAAUAGACUUAACAAGUGUUGAAUGGCUGGUAGUAGAUGAAUCAGAUAAACUGUUUGAAGAUGGCAAAACUGGGUUCAGAGACCAGCUGGCUUCCAUUUUCUUGGCCUGUACAUCCCACAAGGUGAAGAGAGCUAUGUUCAGUGCAACUUUUGCCUAUGAUGUUGAACAGUGGUGCAAACUGAACUUGGACAAUGUCAUUACUGUAUCCAUUGGAGCAAGGAACUCUGCAGUAGAGACGGUAGAACAAGAGCUUCUCUUUGUUGGUUCGGAGACUGGAAAACUACUGGCCAUGAGGGAACUUGUUAAAAAGGGUUUCAAUCCACCUGUUCUUGUUUUUGUUCAGUCCAUUGAAAGGGCUAAAGAACUUUUUCAUGAGCUCAUAUAUGAAGGUAUUAACGUGGAUGUUAUUCAUGCGGACAGAACACAGCAACAGGUAAAGUCAAAUGUAAACUUUCAAAACAACAAAGAACCAAGUACUGGCAUUUAUGAAGCACUUGUUUUCCAUUCCCAGAGUGGUACUAAAACAUCUGCUGUAUGUUCUGUUAACCAGAGAGAUAACACAGUCCACAGCUUCAGAGCAGGAAAAAUCUGGGUUCUUAUUUGUACAGCCUUACUAGCCAGAGGGAUCGAUUUUAAAGGUGUGAACUUGGUUAUCAACUAUGACUUUCCAACCAGCUCAGUGGAAUAUAUUCACAGGAUAGGUCGAACUGGAAGAGCUGGGCAUAAAGGAAAAGCUGUUACAUUUUUCACUGAAGAUGAUAAACCAUUAUUAAGAAGUGUUGCCAAUGUUAUCCAGCAGGCUGGAUGUCCUGUCCCAGAGUACAUAAAAGGUUUCCAGAAACUACUAAGUAAACAAAAGAAAAAGAUGAUUAAGAAGCCCUUGGAAAGGGAGAGCAUUAGUACAACUCCGAAAUAUUUUUUAGAAAAAGCUAAGGAUAAACGGAAAAAGGUCACUGGUCAGAACAAGAAGAAAGUAGCUCCUAAGGACAAAAGUUAAAAACAGACUUUAAAAGAACUGUAUCACAAAUUUGAUUUUAUAAUUCCAGCAUGAAUGUUUUUUUCAUGGAAUAUAUCGUCUUAUAAUCACCUGUACCAAACAUUUGAAGUCAACCACAAGAACAGGGGACUGGUGAAAAAUGAUCCUAAAUUCUCAGUGUAUCAUGUCAAGUUUUAAUUCGUAGGUGAUUUUUAAAUGAUUAUACAAUGGAAAAAACAUUCAUUGACAUCCGUGUGAUUUGAAUCCAGAGUGAUUCUUCUUAUAGAAGACCUAAAGCUUAUACUAAAAGUAACAACACCCAAAUGUGGUGAGCUGGAUUUUUCCCUACAAGUGUGAAGGAAGGUGUUGUAUAUGCUGUGGAGCGGCAUUUGGAACCACAUUGCAAAGUAAAGUCUUGAGAUUGAAUUCCCCUUCCUACCCACUUUUUUUUUGGGAUGUGGUGGGAGGGAAAUGGACAAGAGGCAACACAAGCUGUCUACCAAGAAUAAACCUACACAU